GCGUCCUGGAGGUCCUUCGAAUUCAGCUCUUUGAGGUUCUUCCGAUCAGUACGAUUCGAGUGACACUCUGGUACUCCCCCCAGGAGGAUGGGAAGAUGGUUCUGGACAAAGCUGCCGAGAAGUGCUUCAAACAGGCCGGCUACCGAUGGUUCCAGCUCGCCAACAGUUCAGAUGGCCGGAGGGGACAGGUCAUGUGCCAGAAGCGAAACCAG